UUGACGACUACAACAUUAUCUCCAAUUGAGCGAUGUGGCGAAAGUUGUUUUCCAGUAUUAGGGUCUGUGAAAGCAACAAAUCUCGAGUUUACAAAUGCCUUUUUAGAUCCAGAGUCUGAGGAAUACAAGGCACUGGAAGACGACGUCAGACGGGCUUUGAUUGCUACAAUAAGUGAAGAUCCAACUAUAGGAAGCAAUUUGUUUGACAUCCAAAUCACAGAUAUAAGAGAGGGGAGUGUUAUCGUGGAUUAUAUUGUUGUCGUAGAAUCCUACGUUAGACCAGGGCAGAUAAAGAAAUGUAUAAAUGAUGUAGCCCAAGCUAAUGAUUCAUUUAUUGGUGCAUACAGAAUACAGGAAACGGCUACCAUUUCUACAGGGGAUGACUAUUUGAUCUUGUCACGAGGAAUUCCGAGUUCAAAAUUGACAUCCUCGUCAAACUAUGAUACAACUAUGGCGGCGUUUCGUGGCCGACUCUUUAAUGUAGGCGAUGGUGAGAAUUUUGGACAUUGGAGUGCCUCCAGUUUGAAUACGGACCAAUAUAUCCAAGUGGAUCUUGGGACCAAUUGCACAGUGACUGCUAUUGCCACACAGGGGCGACAUGGCUCUGAUGAAUGGGUGACAUCAUACAGAGUGGAAUAUAGUCUUGAUCUAGUAACAUUUAUCACAUAUUCGGAUUUAGAUGGAGAUGUUCCAAAGAGCUUUCUCGGGAAUACAGACAGAGAUACAGUGGUGGUAAACAAACUAGUCAGGCCAUUUGUAGCAAGUGCUGUCAGAGUCAAUCCCAGAACAUGGUCGGGUCGUAUAUCCAUGAGAUUCGAUGUCAUAGGAUCUUCAACAGCACAAGCCCCGAGUUCAACUCUAACAUAUUCUGAAUCUUCUCUUGGAGAGUUUCAAACCACCAGCUCUAACGUAACUAUCACAAGUAAGUAG